AUGUCUUGGGCCCGUUGCCGGGCGCUGCACGCGGCCCUGCGGCUCGCAGCGGAGCUUCCGCUCCGGGGCUGUCUGGCAUCCAGGCGGGGGCUAAGUGCGCGACCGGUGCCGCAGGAGCCCGGGAUGGAGUACCAGGAUGCUGUGCGGACCCUCAACACCCUUCAAACCAAUGCUAGCUUCCUCGAGCAGAUCAAGCGAGAACGAGGAGACCCACAGGUCCAGUUAGAAGCCAUGAAGCAUUAUUUAAUCCGAAGUGGGCUGCAGAUAGAGGACUUGGAUCAGUUGAAGAUCAUCCAUGUAACAGGGACUAAAGGGAAGGGAUCCACUUGUGCCUUCACAGAACGCAUUCUCCGUGGCUAUGGUCUGAAAACUGGAUUCUAUAGCUCUCCUCACCUGGUGCAGGUACGGGAGCGAAUCCGUAUUAAUGGUGAACCCAUCAGCCCUGAGCUCUUCACCAAAUAUUUCUGGCGACUCUACAAUCAGCUCGAGGAGACUAAGGAUGGCAGUUGUGUCAGCAUGCCCCCUUACUUCCGCUUCCUUACCAUCCUGGCUUUCCACGUGUUCCUUCAAGAAAAGGUGGACCUAGCAGUAGUGGAGGUGGGCAUCGGUGGUGCUUAUGACUGUACCAACAUUAUCAGGAAGCCGGUGGUCUGUGGGAUAUCAUCUCUGGGCAUAGACCAUACCAACAUCCUAGGUGACACUAUUGAGAAGAUUGCAUGGCAAAAAGGGGGCAUCUUUAAGCCUGGAGUGCCAGCUUUCACCGUGUCCCAGCCAGACUCCCCGCUGGAGGUACUGAAGGAGCGAGCUCAACAGCUCCCGUGCCCGCUCUACCUGUGCCCUCCACUGGAUGCCUUUGAGGAAGAAGAGCAGCCGCUGCACCUGGGCUUGGCAGGCGAUCACCAGCGGAGCAACGCUGCUCUGGCUCUGCAGCUGGCACGAUGCUGGCUCCAACAACAGGGCCACAAGGGAAUUGGGGAGCUAAAGACAGUCAGGCUGACCUCUCGGCGAGCCCUGCCCCUCGCUCCUGUGUUCCAUCCCACCCGACCCAUGAAGCAAGGGCUGCAGGACACAGAAUGGCUAGGCCGGACACAGACACUGAGACGAGGGGCCCUCACCUGGUACCUGGAUGGGGCACACACCACCAGCAGUAUUCAGGCAGGGGUGCGGUGGUUCCGCCGGGCAGUGCUCAACCAAGAGAAGCCUAACAAUGGCCCGGAGGUUCGAGUUUUGCUCUUUAAUGCUACAGGAGAACGGGACACAGCGGCUCUGCUGAAGUUGCUGCAGCCUUGCCAGUUUGACUAUGCUGUCUUCUGCCCCAAUCUGACUGAGAUAUCUCCUGUGGGGAAUGCAGACCAGCAGAACUUUACAGUCACCCUAGAUCAUAUGCUGACACGAUGUUUGGAGAACCAGAAACAGUGGAACAGGCUGGCAGAGGAGAAGACAGGCCUAGAUCCCUGGCUGGCCCAGACCUCAGAAUCCAGCAGCGGCCCCUUACAUGGACCUCUCCUCCUGGUGCCUCCGGCUCCCCGACCCCUCAACACCAACUCCCUGGUCUUUAGCUGCAUCUCCCAUGCCCUGCAGUGGAUCAGCCAGGGCCGGGAUCCCCACUUCCAGCCCUCCAGCCCUCCCCGGGGGCUUCACUCCCACCCCGUGGCUGGCACUGGGGCUGUCCUCCUCAAGGAAGCCUCCUCCAUCCAGGUGCUGGUCACGGGCAGCCUUCACCUGGUGGGUGGUGUCUUAAAGCUCCUGGAUCCCACUUUGUCCCAGUGAUGGAACUGGGGCUCAUUCCUGGAGGGGAGCACUUCCCUCUGCCUGUGGCCUUGUCAUUCCCGGUCCUCCUCUGGCCCCAUCUGCCCCAGACUCCUCCAUCCAACAGGUGCCUUUUUCCUUCUGCUUCUGUACUUAAACAUGCCAUGUAAGGCAUCCUGCUUUGAGAAGGUGAGGCGUGGAUGGGGAGGGGGCCUCCCCUUUGGUUUUCUCCCUCAGCAGGGAGCUGUGUGUGCUGGGCCCCCUCCUGGGAGGUGGGUCAGGAGUGGCUGGCCACCCAGUGGUCUCUCCAGUCCCGGGCUGAGAGCAGCUCGUCUCACCAGAGUAGGACUGAUUAGUAUUCCUGGGUCGCAUCCUCCACCCAUCCCUCCACUAAGGAACUGCUGACUUGUGUGAGUCCCCUUAAAAAGGCAGCCCUCCCUGGGCCUCAGUUAUCCUGUCACUGGAAAUGGGGAGAGACUCCCCCACUCUAAGAGCUGCUGUUAGCACCCCUCCACACACUGCCCUAGAGGGCACCCAGACCAACACCCCAGCCCCCGCCUGGGUGUCCUCGGGAGCCCGGAAGCUGUGGAGCCGAGGCCUUCCUGGCCUGGGCCCAGUGCAUUGUGUGAGCAGGCUGGCUGGAGGCCCAGGGCCCUGCUGCUUGAUAGAUUUCCUCCUCCCAGAGGGUUCUGGGAAAGCUGAGGGCCCUGACCCUGGGUGGGGUUUGGUCCUAAGGAGGGGGCGGAGCAGAGUCAUGGAGUACAAGAUGAUAGUGAGUUAAAGCUUUUUUAAUUAAAAAACAUUUUUUUUUUU